AUCUGAGUCUAGAUUUCCUUCUCAUGAAAGUGGAGAGAGUAACGUUCUUCUCAAAGAGGGUUGCUGCAGAUGUUAAUAAGGAUAUUUAUGUGAAUCUCCACACAUAGUGCCUGGCACAUUGUUGGUGAUCAAUGUAUGUUAGCUUCUCUCUCACUCUUUGUUAUUUCUUAAUAACUCCAAUAGUUAAUCCUUACUAUUUUUUUUUUACUUUUUUUGUCUAGCUUUGAUAAAAUUCAUAAGAGAGAAAUGAGAAACCAUUCAAUGCAGACAGAGUUCAUUCUUUUGGGUCUGACAGAUAACCCUGAGUUGCAAGUUGUAGUUUUCCUCUUUCUAUUUUUUACCUACAUAUUUAGCGUCACAGGAAACUUAACCAUCAUUAUUCUUACUCUUCUGGAUUCCCACCUUAAGACACCAAUGUAUUUCUUCCUAAGGAAUUUUUCCCUUUUAGAAAUCUCAUUCACAACUGUUUGUAUUCCAAGAUUUCUGGUGAGCCUUGUAACAAAAGACAGGACUAUUUCCUAUAUGAGUUGUAUGACUCAGUUAUUUUUUUUCAUCUUUUUGGGAGUAACUGAAUUUUACCUUCUGGCUGCCAUGUCCUAUGACCGCUAUGUGGCUAUAUGUAAACCCCUGCAUUAUACCACCAUCGUGAGCAACAGAGUUUGCUACCAACUUGUAUUCAGCUCCUGGGUAACUGGAUUCCUGAUUAUCUUUCCUCCAAUGAUCUUGGGACUCAAGUUGGAAUUCUGUGCUUCCAAUGUCAUUGAUCAUUUUAUUUGUGAUUCAUCUCCCAUCCUGCAGAUCUCUUGUUCUGAUACACAUUUCCUAGAGCUAAUGUGUUUUCUCUUGGCUAUUGUCACACUAAUGGUCACACUGAUGUUAGUGAUUCUCUCUUAUGGCUACAUCAUCAAAACAAUUCUCAAAUUCCCUUCUAUUCAGCAAAGGACCAAAGCCUUUUCUACCUGUUCUUCCCACAUGAUUGUAGUUUCCAUCUCUUAUGGUAGCUGUAUCUUCAUGUACAUAAAACCAUCAGCAAAUGAUAGAGUGACUUUAAGCAAAGGAGUAGCUGUGCUCAAUACCUCAGUUGCCCCCUUAUUGAAUCCUUUCAUUUACACCUUAAGGAACCAGCAAGUGAAACAGGCAUUUAAGGACAUGGUCCAGAAACUUUCAUUUGGUCAAACAAAUGAGAAAAUUCUAAAAAAAAUGAAUAAAAUAUUGCCCUAUCUUGAUUUACUUUGUCUGAUUCUACGUAUUUGCAGACUAUAUUAG